AUGGAGAAGCUGCUUUAUGAGGUAUCGCUGAAAGGUGAUGUUAAAUCCCUUAAAAAGAUACUUAAUCUAGAUCGGCGCCUUCGUCUUGAAGAUGUAGCUUUAACUAGUUUCCUUAGAACUCCUUUACACAUAGCAGCUGUGCAUGGUCAUAUCAAAUUUGCGAAAGCAAUUCUGGAUAUGAAGAAAGUUCUCACAACUGUAAGAGACUCCCAAGGACUUACUCCUCUUCACUUGGCUUCAGCAACUGGAGAAACUGAGAUGGUGAAGCUGUUGUUAAAGGCAAACGUGGAUGCUUGUACAAUUCAAGAUCAGGAUGGAAGAACACCUAUGCAUCUGGCAGCAAUGAAAGACGAGGUUAGCAUCCUGAAAUUGUUAAUCGAAAGAAGACCAGAAGCUGUUCACUUAAUGACUGAUCGAAAUGAGACAGUACUACACUAUUGUGUUAAAAAUAGAAGUUUUGAGGCCCUGAAGUUUUUGCUCGAAUACCAGAUAGGUGCACAACCUACAGACAGGAAUGUUAUGUCUGUCAACUCUCGGGAUGAUGCUGGCAACACAAUAUUGCACAUUGCUGCAGAAACGAGGAACAUGAAGAUUAUGGGAUACUUAGUUAGCAAUAAACACAUAAAAGUUGAGAUAAAUGCCUUCAACAACAACAGCGACAAAGCCUUCGAUAUGUUAUCACAAACUGAAAGGAAUGAUCUAGAAUUUGGGGUUUCUGAUAGCUAUGGAAGUGCUAAUUAACAUAAGAAGGCAAAAUUGUCGAAAAAAGAUGACCGUAAAUGGCUGAAAGAGAGGGUGAAUGCGCUGAUGGUAGUAGCAACAUUGAUAGCAGGAAUUGCUUUUCAAGGUGCUAUGAAUCCACCAGGGGGUGUUUGGCAAGAAGACACUAAGGUUGAAUAUGGUACAGACCCUAUUACAUUUUCUUAUUAUCUUGGUGCCAUCUAUAAUUACUCUGGUUACAAAUACUUUAAUAAUGAAACUGUUAUCAAAGAGAACAUUUUUCUGAAUCAUGUUAUCAAUGAAUUACCAAGAGGAGGUGCCCCAUAUUCCAGUGAUGUGAUUAUGAACGAUGACGAGCGUAUGAGUAACGUUUCGUAUUACAAUGAUACUAAUGCUUCAUCUCUCUACCUGAUGCAUUACGCUGGAACCCCUAUAUUAGCUAGUAAGUAUCCAGAUCACUACAUGAUUUACAUGAAUAGUAACAUAGUUGCUUUCCUAGUAUCUCUAUCCAUAAUUGUUAUGGUCAUCUGUGGGUUGGUGAAGGAUACCAGUCGUGCUCAAGUUCGACUUCUUGCUAUUUUGAUGAGCAUUUCAAUCGGAUGUAUUAUCAUUGGUUAUUUAACAGUACUCCAUGAUUUGAGGCCGGGUUUCUUUCAAGAUUACCCUUUUGGUUAUACAAUCAUAAUAUACUUUGGGGCUGGUGCGCCAUCACAGUCGUUUUUUUCAUGUGGACUUUGAUGUAUAACAUAGCUACUGCACGAAGGAAAUGCCCAG